GGCCGGGCAGGGAGCGCGGCGGGGGGCGGCCGGAGGAGCCGCGCCGGGUUCGGCCCCGAGUGGGUGCCCGGCGGAGAGGAAACCCGAUCGGGCGGAGGGAGGAGCGAGCAGCGGGACGGGACCGGAGGCAGGCGGGGGGCUGGUUGGCCGGGGGGGCGCGGAGAGGAGGGGGCGGCGAGGCUGCCCCCCUCCUCCUCCUCCUCCUCCUCCCGGGCCGGGCGUGGGGGGGGGGAUGUCUGCGGCCGUCCCGGGGGCGCUUCAGCCGGAGGGCGCGCUGGAAAUGCGCUCCGGCGGGGCGCACGAGGAGGCGGCGGUGGAGGAGCAGCCGGAGGAGGGCGACGGGGCGGCGCGGAGGGUCCCCCUGCUGGCGCCGGGGGCGCCGGGGUCUCCUCCGCCGUCGGGGUCCGGGGCGGCGCCGCCGGGGGUGCGGCUGUGGCUGUCCCCGGAGCAGGUGUCGUGCGUGUGCGAGGCGCUGCAGCAGGGCGGCCACCUGGACCGCCUCUCCCGCUUCCUGUGGUCGCUGCCGCCGGGCGAGCUGCUGCGCGGCGGGGAGAGCCUGCUGCGGGCGCGGGCGCUGGUGGCCUUCCACCGGGGCCUGUACGCCGAGCUCUACGGCAUCCUGGAGGGCCACAGCUUCGGCGCCGCCAGCCACGCGCUGCUGCAGGGCCUCUGGUACCAGGCGCGCUACCGCGAGGCCGAGAAGCUGCGCGGCCGCCCCCUCGGCGCCGUCGACAAGUACCGGCUGCGGCGCAAGUUCCCGCUGCCGCGCACCAUCUGGGACGGCGAGGAGACGGUCUACUGCUUCAAGGAGCGCUCCCGCAACGCCCUCAAGGAGCUCUACCGCCGCACCCGCUACCCCUCGCCCGCCGACAAGCGCCGCCUGGCCCGCGACACCGGCCUCUCCCUCACCCAGGUCAGCAACUGGUUCAAGAACCGGCGCCAGCGCGACCGCAACCCCGCCGAGCCCCACGCCGCCAGGAGUGAGUCGGACGGCAACCCCAGCACCGAAGACGAGUCCAGCAAGGGGCAAGAGGACCUAUCGCCGCACCUCCUCGCCAACGCGUCCGAAGGUGUCGCCAGCUUGGGCCUUCCCGGCCACAUGGAGCACGUGUACAUGCAACAGCUUGGGAACAGCAAAAUCUCGCUCAGCUCUUCAGGCGUUUUGCUGAACGGGAACUUAGUCUCUGCCAGUUCGCCUCCUGUUUUUCUGAACAGUACUUCUUUCAUCCAGGGUCCCAACGGGGUCAUUCUGAACGGGCUGGAUGUGGGGGCCCCGCAAAGCAGCGUCUCUCUGAAUCAGCCCAAAACGUCUCCGGGUGCUUUGAGCAACGGGGUUCCCAUGGCCGACAUCCUGGCACCUUCUUCGGAAGACGUGAAAGAUUUCAAGCUCCUCCAGACAUCCAUGCCCGGCUCGGCUGCCUCCUCUGCCGCCGCCACAACGUACAGCCCCAGUUCCGUGGCGGCCUCGUUCCCGGGUUUGAUCCCAAGCAUGGAGGUGAAGAAGGAAGAAAACGAGGAAGCCAUUGCUUCUCAAGAUGGCGGCUCCGUGGUUACUUUUACGGGGCCCGUCCAGAUAAACCAGUACGGCAUUGUCCAGAUCCCCAAUCCCGCAACAACUGGUCAGUUACUCAACGGAGGGAUCGGGUUUUCAUCUUUGCAGUUGCCUCCAGUUUCAGUGGCCUCUUCCCAAGGCAAUAUUUCAGUCAACCCGAGUUCAUCAAACGGGGCCACGUUCACCAGUGACUCCUCAACCGCACAAGGGAAAGUGUUUUUCAGCUCUCUGGCUCCCAACACGGUGGUCUACACAGUCCCCAGUUCAAACCAGACACUUGGACCAGUUAAACAGGAAGGACUGCAAACCAGCCUUGUGUUUUCCCAAGUCAUGCCGCUCAGCCAGAACGGUCAACUUCACGAAAGUUUGCCUCCGGACAGCCGGGGGCUGGUAAACGUAACACUGUCGCCUGAUUUUUCUCUAGCGCCGCCCACUCUCUUAAACGCUGAGGAGCUCGGCUCCAGCGUGCCCGAGAGCUCGCCCCUGACGUCCCCUGUGACCACUGGGGCUACUGUCAUUUCCAUCAGUAACACCAACUACGCGACCCUCCAGAACUGCCCCCUCAUCGCCAGUCACGACCUGAUGUCCAUUUCCACAACGCAGAUGGGCCUGGAAAGAGUGGGCCCCGACGCUCACAAUCACGCCGAAAACCCCUCGGUACAAGUUCACCCCAGCUUUGGUGGAGAGCAGCGGCUGCUUCUGCAGCCGGCGCCUCACAUAAAGGAAAACUUCUUGGACGACGACGACGGCAAGUCGGCCAGCGACUUAAUGAUGCUGGAUUCAAAAACCAAAUACAUGAUGAACAAUAUGGUCGACACGAUCUGCGAAGAGCUGGAAACUGGCAAGAAGGAGCUUGCCAAACUCCAGACGGUACAGCUGGACGAAGAUAUGCAAGACUUGUAAAUGUGUUUGGGGGGGGGAGUUCCCCCCCCCCCUUCUUUCCUUUUUCCCCCUUUCUCGUUUUCAUUUUGGUAGACCUCCACCUCGGCCCUAGAAGCACAAAGUGUGGAUCCUCCCGUAGCCCAAAUAUGUACAUGAAAUAACCCGGAACAAAAAAGUAUCCACAUUUUAAUAUGAAGUGGAGAUCUCCAUUAGCCAAAUGAGGUUACUGAGUGGUGUUGUGCAUGCAAUAUAGCCAUUGAAUAAUAGUACUCUGUUAACUUGUUUAGGGGGGAGGGAUCCCUCGGUCUGGCAUGGAUUGGUUUGGUUGACAAAUAUAAUCCCGGUAGUUUCAUCAGAUGCGCUGUACACCAGUGUAUUUUUCAGAGGUUAUACUCUCCAAAUAUAUCUAUGUAUUAUCUCUUUCUAUGUUUUUAUCCUGUCCUCCAGGGAGUUCAGGGCAGUGAACACAGUUCUUCCGUCCCUUAUUUUAUAUACACAAUCAGGGUUGCCAGUCUCCAGGCAGCGGCUGGAGAUGCCCCACAAUCACAGCUGGUCUCCAGCUACCGAUAUCAGUUCCCCUGGAGAAAAUGGCUGAUUUGGAAGGUGGUCUCCAUGGUGUUAUACGUUACUGAGGUCCCACACCCAGUAUCUCCAGGAAUUUCCCAAGUUGCUGAGGUGGCAACUCCACAAACGCUCCUGUCAGGUAUACUAGGCCGAGUGGGAGUGACUAGGCCGAGAUCACUCAGCGACGUACGUGGCAGAGUGAGGAUUUGAACGCAGACCUUCCAGGUUUGAAUCUAAUAAUACGGCACAUAAGAAUAGGACACGUCUUUGUUUAAAAGCCUGAGACAGGUUUUGGUUUGGUGGAGGCAGGUUGAGUUCUAGGCUGAGCGCAUAAAAAAUGGGUCAUAUUGCUCAGUUUUGCCAUCCGUGGGGCAUAACGGUGGGAUACAGUUCUGUGGGCGUGAAUGUUUUUCGAUACCUCACGAGUAGGGUUGCUACCUCCAGGUGGCCGCUGAAGAUCUCCUGGGAUUACAAUUGAUACCCAGGUGAUGGAAAUCAGUUCACCUGGAAAAAAAAUGGCCGCUGUAGAAGGCGGAGUCUAUGCAGUUGUACUCUGCUGAGGCCCCUCCCCUUUGCAAACUCCACCUCUCUCAGGCUAGCCCCCACCCCAAAUCUCCAGGUGUUUCCCAACCUAGAGCUAGUAACCCUAUUCAUGAGCUACUGUUAGCUUCUUGGUCGAGAUAUAGAAAACAAGCACAAUUGUAAUAUUUUUGCUGGUUGGUUUUUGUGUUAGCUUUUCCCAAGAAAUUUUGCAAUUUUGUCCUGGCUGAUAGUCUUGCUCUCUUGAACGUUGAAACAAUGCAUUUUUUUUUAAAAAAAAAAUCCGUGUAGCCAGAGAAAAGACCUGCUUGAUGUUGAGAAUUAGAUACUCCCAAAUCCUUUCCUCUGCUAUAUAUGUUGAUGAUUCUAUUCGACUUGCUUUAAAGGGGAUUUUCCAGUUUGUAUUAGUGUGCUGGCUUCUAUUUAUACUUAGUAACGGCCCAUAUUGUUUUUAGAUAUGUGGGACUGCCUGGUUUUUCAGACAGCUUAAUUUAUUUUGAGUCUUUUUUGAACCUUCUAUCUAACAGAAUUUUUUUUUAUGCUUUUGGGAGGGAGGGAAUUAGAGUUUCCUUGACUGAUUUUUUUUUUAUCAAUUUAAUCAAGCUGGUUUGUUAUGUUGAAGCUGACACAUCUAUGAAUGCAAUUUUGUAGGAUCUGUAGGAAACCUUUUCCUUUUCCCUUACGAGCUUGCGCUUUGUUCCAGAUGUUGGUUUGUUUUAAACAAAAAAAUAUAUAUUCCAGGUGCCUUUCUUCCUAGCGGCCUUGUUUCCUCGAUGCAACUAGCACAGCUAACUAGUGAUAAAAAGACUCUUUUGAACGUAUCAAAGUUUAAAGGGCCAGUUCCUUCUUACUUUAUAUAUUUGUGCUAUUGAAAGCAGUGUAGCUUUUCUGAUAAGAAAAUGUUGGGAUUCUUGCAUUAGGGCAGAAAUUAGUGGACUGUCAUCCCAUAUAUGUACAUACUAUGAAAUGAAUUGAUCUGCAGGAGUGUUGUGGGGUUUCCUCUGAAGAUGCCAGCCACAGACGCAGGCGAAACGUCAGGAGAAAAUGCUACUGGAACACGGCCAUACAGCACGGAAACCCCACAACACCCCAAUGAUUCCGGCCGUGGAAGGCUGCAACAGUUGAGCUGCACUUUGUUGCCAAAGGCAGGUCUCACUAGACCGGUAAUUCCCAACAUAUGUACCAGAGCAUACUAACAAUAUUGUAAGAGAAUGGCAAAGAGGAUAGAUGAAAGGAUUCUGUUACCUCCCAAAUUCAUAUUCAUGAGGAGGAGACCUGCCGUAUCUCUGCAUGAGUCAUUGCUCUGGUCUUCCUCCAUCGAGUUAGGUUUCUCUUGGGAUAUGUUGCCAUCCCUGGGUGUGGCUGGAUCAUUUGACCAAUCACAACGUAGCAGUUUCAGAUCACUUCCAAGGGACUGCUUGCUGCAUCCCUGGAUGUCCUGACCUGAGUUUGAAGCUGGGAGAAAUAUUCAAAACGGAGAGUGUCGCAGAAAGGCAGGGUUAAGUUCUUCCGAAGGCUGGUCAUCUUGAUAGCAAAACUGUUAGAGCAUAAGAACGUAUUGGGCACGUCAGGUUUAAUUUAAAUGUAUUUCAGCUAUCAAACAUGGGGAAAGAUAACACUUGCUUAGUAUCUAAUCAUCUCUUGAUUGUCAGGAUUUCCCCCCCCCUAAAUCAUGGCUUGUUCAUAGAAUAGCGCAUUCUGUGAUGUUACUUGAAAGUACAGUUGUGUGGCAGCAUAUUUUGUGGGGCGACCAUAGAAUUUUAUUCUAGAUUAAUAUUUAAAUUUCUUUGCAAGCGUUUUGGAGUUAACCUUUUGCCUACAUUUAACAACCAGAAGCACAUUUUUAAGAUUUAAGGAGACAAUCGCCAAGAGCUUUUGUGUUUACUGCUCCAACUGCAAUGUUUUUGCCAGCGACGUUUCAGCCUGUUUUUCUUUGAAAUGGUAUAGGAUUUCUCUUCUGCCGCUGUCCAUGAUAAACCACAAAUGUGUCAUAAUCUGAGCAUGCGAGAGAGGCUUUCUGCCGUCUUGUAUGAACACUCCAGACGCACACAAGACACCAGAUUUGUGUUCUUCCCAGGUAUGGUGAAGCCUGUUGUGAUUUCUCUCAGGCCCCUUCCACGCAUGCAGAAUAAUGCACUUUCAGUCCACUUUCACAAUUGUUUGCAAGUGGAUUUUGCUAUUCCACACAGGUGCAAAGUGCACUGAAAGUGGAUUGGAAGAA